CAUACAAAUAUUUCAAUGAAAAUUAGUGAGGAAAAAAGGCCAAGUUGAACGUGGCAUUUAAUCCCGAGAAGCCGGCCACGGUGACAGUUUGUCGGCCGAUACUCUAGGAGAAGAAAGCGGCGGAAUUUCGAAAACCUUUUUUUUCUUUUAUAUAUAUAUAUAAUAUCCGUCGAUCGAUUCUAUGAUUUCACGAUACCUUUUUCUUUUUUUUUUUACUCUCGAUAAUUUUUUUUUCUUCUUUUUCCUGCGCCCUUUAUUCCCUUUUUCUCCGCUUCAAAACGUUUGGAAUUUCGGGAUCAUACAUUCGUUCUUCAAUUUUUUUCAUCUUCAGAUAAGUAGAGAGAGAAAAGGACUGUAAAUUAAGGAGAGAGACAAUCGGUUGGAGGUCGAUUCUAGGUUUAGGGUUUCUUCUGAAUUGUAUUCAUAGUCAUUUUCUCCUUUGUUGCUCAACAAUGGAGCCUCCUUUGACACCACUGUCCUGGUACGUUGUGUUUGAAAAUUCGAACCCAUUUUCUUCUUCUUCUUUUGCCAUCUUUCUGAUUUUUUGAUGAAUGGCUAUAAAAAUGGCUCCUUUGAUCAUCUUAUCAUUCAUUUUAUGGUUAUUCUACUUGGUUUAGUUGUGUCUGGAUAUUUGAGGUAGAGACUGAUUUCUUUCUUUGUUUUUUGGGUUUGGAUAAUGAUGUUUCUUUUUCGAUUUAUUGAAAGGAUGGUGUUUGGUGAUUGGUGAACAAAUCAUUUGCAAUGAACGGCUACACAUUUGGAUUAUCGUUGCUUUUUACUUUGAUCUCCAAAUUGCUGCCAAAUGCUCUUCUUCAGGCCUUCCUGAUAACACUAUUUUCAUAUUUGGGGGAUUGGGGUCUUUUUCUUUUCCUCUUGUACUUCGAAAAUUUCAACCUUUCUGAUUAGUAUUUCACAUUUAAUUCAUGGUUGGAAACAUGUAGACUGUGAUGCAUCAUGGAAAAUCCUUGUAGCUUUAAAAGUUUGUUUAUUUGUUUUGCAUUGGGGCCCCAACCUCAGAUCAUUUCCAGGCUUCUAUUGAGUUUUCUCUACUGGGCUUUAAUAUGAUUUCAGACAGGAAUUUCAAUUCAAGAGUUGCUUAUCACAAUUUAAACAACUCCCCUAUUCAAUCCUCCUUUGGGUUACUUUAUUGUUGAUAGGAAUCUCCCAUGGGUUUCUGGUUUUUAAACACAUUCUUCUUUUUUUUCUUAUUUAAUUUCCUUGGACUCUCUACUACAAGAAUAAGAAUCCGUCCUGGGGCUGUAGGUUUAUAUUUUUUUUCCUUUUUAGGUUUGUGCCUUGGUCUCUAACAAAUUCACCUUGGAAUGGAGAUUGAAGCACUAAUUGUUGUGUAUAAGUUUGAUAUUCCCUUGAAGGACAAUACAGUAAAAAUAUCUUAAAAAUUAUGUCUUUAUGUAUGAUAAUUAGUGCCACUAUUGGGGCCAAUUUGUAUGGGCAUUUGCUUUAAAUUAAAAUUUUAUUUGAAGUUUUCUUAAGAUCGAAUGGGGUUCUGUUAUUUGUUGAAAAAAGCCAUGUAAAAACAUGACGGUGCAUGUACAGGGGAUACACAACUAAUUGGCUACAUAUGGUAGGGGGACACAUUUCAAUGGCCCGCGAUGAACAUAUUAUGAAAAUAUUAUCAAUCUAUUGAAAAUCGUGCAAUUUAUUAUGAUAAUUUGUUUGACAUGCAUUUGGCUACCCUGAUUAAUUUGAACUCUGGCAUGGAAUGUAUGACUAACCUCUCUUUCUGGUUGAGUUCAUAAGUAAAACAAAACAACGUUCUGUUGAAAAAACUUGCGCGUCUUUCUCUUGUUAAGUUGAUGAUUUCCUUUCUUGGUGAAGCAAACUUUAUAUCUGGCGUACUUGGCUAACCUAGUGGUAGAUAGUUAGCAGGUGGACAUAUGGGAUUAUCUUCUCUUUUACCUUCAAAUAAAAUAAUUUCUAGCAAAAAGAAAAAAAAAAAAGAAAAGAAAAAAAAACAACUAUCCUGCUUUUAAACAGCACCAUUUGCUAAACAUUUAAUAUUGUUGCCCCCCUUGCCCAGGGAGCUUCUUGCAAUGUAAUGAAAAUUUUCUUUCUAGGGGCAAUCAUGGAAGGAUCAUCACAAAACAAUGAUCUUUCCAUGCCCUAUGUUCCAUUCUGAAGCAAAGGCUUUGGUGAGAAAGGAGUCAUGGACUGCUAGAAAACAUCAAGUGUGCAAGUUAUCUUUUUCUCACUCAUGUGAUACACAUUUCACGUACCAGGAUAAUGUCUAAUCUGAAUAAAAAUACUGUAACCCACAAAAUGUCUUGGAUAUCUUUCAUUUUCAUUUUGUUAGCUUUAGAAAAUGAUGUGGCCCAUAACUUUUGCAGUUCCAUAUUCAUUCCUCUUCUCUUUUGUCCUUGAAAUUGUACAUUCUCUCCUCAAGGCACUGAAAGCUGACCUUAUGUAACUGCUUAUCUGUCUCCUUUCCUUCUAAAACACUUCAUGUUUACAAUCUGUUCACUCUAUUGUUAUAUUGGUCAUGUGUUUGCCCUGCUUAUGCCUACCAUUUGUGACUCUUGACUCCAACCUUUUUCCACAAGCACUUCACCUUUCAUUAUAUAUGAUUCUUGACUCCAACUUCGCUCUAGAAGCUCUUCUCACCUUUCAUUCAUUUGUUUUUUUUGAUCAUGUCUAGUAUUCAGAAGUUUUAAAUUGCCUCCCUUUUACUUUUUCAGUUUAAAGGUUGUGAAUUUUGUAGUUCACUAUUUUCAACUUUCUGCAAGGAUUUCGGGUGGUUCAACUGUUGUAUAUGUCGUCUAUAUAUGCAAUAGUUGACAUUUGAAAAAAAUAAUUUUUUACAAGGAUAUGAUUUUGCUAAAACCAUUGCAAUAAUGCUGAUUAACUGCCAUUUUUACCUCAUAUUUUCUUUGGUAUAAAGGAAAGAAAUUUCAAUUUAUGCUUUCACAAUCCUGAGUCUUUGUUAUAUGUCCUUAAGAAGAUGUUUGAGCACUGAGUACAAGUGGUGUUUCGGUUAUUGUCACCGUUAAAUAAUUGACAUGGUUCUUGAGGUCAAAUUGCAACUUACUAAACAAUGUUAGGAACCAGAAUCUACUUUUGUGUGGCAAUUUUCUUUGCUCCGAAUUUUGUACAUAAAAAGAUAUGAUUUCAAGCUGUGUGCGAAUGAUGAAAACUAGUGAAGUGAGGUAAGGGGUAAUCAAGGGCUGAAACUUUGAAUUUUCUUCCUCAAGGAAACCAGGAUAACCUGCCAAAGAAAAUGUCUACAAUUCCAACAUGUUAAUUCGUCAAGGGAAAAUGUUGAGGGCACUUUGAUGAAAUUUUUCUUUCACUUUUGUCUCUGUUUAUUCAGGCUGACGUUUCCUUUUUUUUUUUUUUUAAUUGACAGAUUUCAUUGUUCUCGCAUGUUUCGUUGAAGCUCACUUGUACAAAGCUUAUUCAUGGGAAUGAUGGAUACUGCUGAAGUCGAAGAAAGUCUUUUUGCAGUUAGUGAUGCUAAGUUACAUGGAGAGAUGUGUAAGAAACUGUCGGAGUUUGUUUGCAAAGUAAUGGCUAUAUUUCCUGCUUUAGAAGCAUCACGGCCCAGGUGCAAGUCUGGAUUACAGGCGUUGUGCUCCCUACAUGUAGCACUGGAGAAGUCCAAGAACCUUCUUCAGCAUUGCUCUGAUUGUAGCAAGCUUUAUUUGGCUAUCACAUCUGAUUCUGUGCUGUUAAAGUUUGAAAAAGCAAGAUGUGCCCUUGAACAAAGUUUAAGACGUGUCGAAGAUAUUGUCCCCCAGGCUAUAGGUUGUCAGAUCUUGGAGAUUGUCAGCAAGCUCGAGGCAACUGUAUUUUCUCUUGAUCCAUCUGAGAAACAAGUUGGUGAUGAUGUGAUACAAUUGCUUCAGCAAGAUCUGCAUUGUAACAGCAAUUGUAAUGAUGUUGCGGAGCUUGAGGCCUUUCACCAAGCAGCCUCAAAGCUAGGCAUCACUUCGUCAACAGCUGCUCUUGCAGAGAGAAGAGCACUUAAGAGGCUCAUUGAAAGAGCUCAUCGUGAGGAUGACAAGAGGAAGGAGUCAAUUGUUUCUUAUCUCUUGCACCUUAUGAGAAAGUACUCCAAGAUAUUCAGAAGCAGCGAAUACUCAGAUGAUGGAGACUCACAGGGAUCAGCACCAUGUUCCCCAACUGUUCAGAGCUCCAUUGAAGAGGUUGGGGGUUGUGGAAGGAUAUUUGACCGCCAAAUUUCAAAGCUUAGUUCGUUCAAUUCAAAAUCAAAUUGUCGAAGAUCGGGCAAUAUUCCUGUCCCCCCUGAAGAAUUUAGAUGCCCCAUCUCUUUGCAGCUCAUGUAUGACCCUGUGAUCAUUUCAUCUGGUCAGACUUAUGAGCGUGUUUGCAUCGAGAAGUGGUUUGAUGAUGGGCAUGACACCUGCCCAAAGACCCAACAAAAGUUGUCUCAUCUUUCCUUGACCCCCAAUUACUGUGUAAAAGGUUUGAUUGCCAGUUGGUGUGAGCAGAAUGGGAUGAGUGUUCCUGAUAGGCCCCCUGAGUCUCUUGACUUCAGUUAUUGGAGUUGGGUUUUGUCACAGUGUAAGAGUACAAAUUCAAGAUCUAUUGGAAGCAUUGAUACUGGUAGAUUAAAGGGAAUUAAAGUUGUGCCGUUUGAGGAGAUUGAGGUUGUGUCUGAUGGAAAAGUUCCAGCAGUUCUUGGUGUAGCCAAGGAUAGUUGUGAUAGUAAAGUUGCUCCAGUAGACAGGGAAGAGAAUAUGACUGCAAAUUUGGAUGAUUCUGGGUUGAGUAAUGAUGCUGAUGGGUUUGUUAUGUAUGAGAGACUGAUGAGUGAGUUAAAUGACGAGACGGACAUGGAUGGGCGUCGUAGAGCAGCCGAGCAAAUUAGGUUUCUUGUUAAGGAUGAUGAGGAGCGGCGGAGUUGCAUGGGUGCCAAUGGCUUCAUAGAAGCACUGGUGAGGUUCUUGAAGGUGGCCAUAGAAGGGGCAAAUGAUAAGGCACAAGAGACUGGGGCUCUGGCUCUCUUCAAUCUUACUGUCAACAACAAUAGGAACAAAAGGACAACCUUAUCGGCAGUUGUGCUCCCCCUUUUGCAAGAGAUGCUUCAAGGUAAGGCCUAUGAGGCUGCUGUGGCCCUCUACCUCUCUCUCUCUUCCCUUGACCAAGGCAACACUGCCAUUGCCUCCACCCCUGCUGUCCAGUUCCUCGUCUGCCUCCUGCUAUCCUCGGGAACACCACCAAUGUCCACCCAAUGCAAGCUUGAUGCCAUACAUACCCUCUACAUCCUCUCUACCCUCCCUGUCAAUGCCCCCCACCUCCUCUCUGCCAGCCUCAUACCUGCACUUGCCCGCCUCCUCAUUGACCAAACGUUCCAAACCGAAAUGUGUGUCACCAUUUUUGCAAACCUUGCGGCUAAUGAAAAUGCAAGGAGAGAGAUGGUUUCCACCGCUGGUUUGAUUGGGGCCCUUGCAUUGGUUUUGGAGACUGGAGAAGUGGGCGAGAGGGUGCAAGCGGCAUCAUGCCUUUUGGCUUUGUGCGAGGGCGAUGAACGAUGUGGAAAGAUGGUGCUUAGUGAAGGGGUGAUCCCGGCACUUGUUUCAUUGUCAGCGAGUGGGACCCCUAGAGGGAAAGAUAAGGCUCAGAAGCUGCUUUUGCAUUUUAGGCAGUGGAGGCAGCGGGAACUACCAUCACCGCCACCUCAGCAGCAGCCUCCGCUGCCUGAGUCAGGGCUGCAAGGUGGGGAGCAACUGGCAAGGAGUAAGAGAGAGGGUGGGGAUGGGUCAAAGCCGCUUUGCAAGUCAAGUUCUAGGAGGUUGGGGAGGACACUUAGUUCAAUGUGGAGGUCUAAGACUUUCUCCGUCUAUCAGUGCUAGAAGUCCACGUGUAUAUUCUCUUUUGUUCUUCCGUUUUUUGGAUUCGGGAUUGUUGAUCGAUGGUCGAGGUUGAUUGGUUCGAGAGCAAGGCUCAGUGCCUUCUGUAUUUUUGUUUUUCUAUUUUCUGGGGUCUGUGUAUGGAGGGUGAUAGAUGCUAGGGUUGUACAGGCCUUUUUUGUUUUCCUCUUUGUUGACGUAAUAUGCCUGUGGUUUUGCGGCCGAGGCGCCCAGAUUGUAUAAGCAUAUACGUUACAGCUCAAUGUAACAUUAGAUAAUCUUUGUUUCUUCACUCC